AUGAGAAGGUUGAAACCGCACGUUCUACUCUGCCAGAACGACCACGGAGCGCAGGAGGACCGAAACCGGCACGUGGGAGACCUGGGAAACAUCGUGGCGGACACGGACUACAAGGCCAGGGUGAGGAUCACGGACGACAUCAUCAGCCUCUCUGGGAAGACGAACGUACUGGGGAGGGCGAUCGUGGUCCACGAGAAGGAGGACGACCUGGGUCGCGGGGGGAACAAGGAGAGCCUCGCGGCUGGGAACGCAGGGCCCAGGGCGGGCUGCUGCAUCAUCGUGCACAGGGAUGACCGUGAGUGA